AUGAAUAAUCCCGUGGAACAGUUGUUGCUUCAGUUAUAUGCGGAAGUGUUAUCAAUCCCCGAAGACCAAAUCAGCCUUGAAGAAUCAUUCAUAGCAUUAGGAGGCGAUUCUUUUAAAGCAAUUAAGCUCAAACGAAAAUGUGAUCGAUUGGGUAUUCGACUGGCGCUUCGAGAUAUAUUUGCUCGAAAGACUAUCACUAGUAUAGCUGCGGGACAACGCCUUCUGAAUGAUCGCCCGAAGCGGUCUCAGAAGAAGGAGAAGAGACGCAUAGCUACGGACGUACAUGGACGUUUCCCUCUUAUUCCUUUGGAUUAUUCCUGGGAUGUAAUUCUCGAAGAACUCGGUCUUCAAGGUUGCGGCCCUGAAGCAUUGGAUGAGCUUGUCGAAAACGUGUAUCCUUGCAGUCCUAUGCAAGAGAGUAUAUACGUGGCUAGAGAAACUAGGGGGAAGCAUCUCUAUCGAAUCCACGCGCUAUUCGAAAUAGGGUCUACUAUCACGAAUGAUGUAUUGGAAUCAUCUUGGCAGUCCGUUGUAGAUCGCCAUGAGACCCUACGUGCUGUUUUUGUCCCAUCUACGGACAACAGCUCUUCAAGAAUACUCGAUGCUGUCGUUCUUAAGAAGGCACACUGCAACCUCGAACAUACCGAGUGCAAGGACUAUGCGGCUGUAUUGGCCCUCUAUCAAGAGAGUUGCAUGAAUCCCCAAGAUUUUCCAAAGGGACCACCUCAUCGACUUACAGUUUACCGCACCGAACAUGGCCAGCAUUUUUGCGUAUUCGAUCAGAGCCACAUGAUAAGCGAUGGAACUUCACUUGUCAAUACGGUUACCGAGCUUUGCGCUCUAGCAGGCGGUUCGAUCCUUGAUGCUGCGCCAGGAUACAGCGGAUUUAUUAAUCAUAGACGAGCAGAACAGCACUUAGAUGAAGGCCUUAGCUACUGGAAGUCAUACCUAAGCGGUGCACAGUCUUGCAACUUUCCCUCACUCUGGACAGGCGGUCUGUUGGCGGAGCCAAGACUACAAGAACACUGCCAGGUUGUGGAAUUUCCCUUUGUGCGGCAUAAGGAGCUCAGCGAGUUUUGUGCCAGACUGGAGACUACGAUCUCAACUGCUCUCCAAGCAGCAUGGGCACUCCUUCUACGGGCUUACACGGGGAGUGAUGAAGUUUGCUUCGGCUAUACCUGCUCGGGACGUGAUAUAUCAAUAGAUGGAGUCGAGUUGAUGUGUGGGCCACUAGUAAACCUAGUCGUUCGCCGAGUAAGUUUGACGAACCAGACUCUCAGGAGCAUGAUUGAAACCAUUCAGGGGGACUUCGCCAACUCGCUACCAUUUCAGGAGGUGCCAUUCAUGCGUGUCCAACAACUUCUCGGCGCCUCAGAAAGUAAAUUGUUCAACACGAUUAUGACUAUACAAUAUGCGCCUUUGCUCGUCGAUGAGAAUGAUGAACUUCCCUUGAAGUUGAGGAGUAAUUUCAAUGCCUCCGACUUUGGCCUAUCUGUGCAGGCCAUGUAUUCAGACGUUGCCACGAAGAUGCAACUAACAUACUCUACGAGCCUACUCUCUACGAAAAUGGCAGAAUGUGUGACUACAACUUUUGUUUCCAUGAUCGAGAGUCUCAUAGAUGCGGCGAACACCGACGACCCUGUUGGGCAGCUUCAAGAGAUUAGUCCUUCAGACAGGCAGCAGGUCAUUGAAUGGAACCGAGAAACACUGAAUGGGAUAUCGCUUCCGAACGCCACAGUACAUGGACUUAUUGAAGAAACCGCAUUUCGCACGCCCAGGGCACCUGCGAUAUACUUUUCUGGAGAGACGCUCAGUUACGAAUAUCUGAACUACAUGUCGACUCGUCUAGCAAUCCAGCUGGUUGAUUCUCUGAGUCAUGAACAACGCUUCGUUCCAUUAUUCUUUGAAAAGUCUGCCUUGUACUCAGUUUCAUUACUGGCAGUCCUGAAGUGUGGCAGGGCAUUUGUGCCUAUAGAUAUCUCCAACCCGCUACCUCGAAUACAACGGCUUCUCGAGCAGCUGGGUAUCACUGAAUCUUUCGGUCUCGUCCUCACUUCUGCGAGUUAUUCAGAAAAACUGCGUUCAGCUUACCGGCAUAUCCUAGUGCCUAGUAUUGAAGGCUUCCGGGAUGAAAACACUAAAACAGCGGUCGACAAUGUAUCUACGCUUUUGCCAGUGGUACAGCCGAGCGAUCCAGCAUAUAUCAUCUUCACUUCCGGAUCUACUGGCAAUCCGAAAGGGGUUGUGGUCAGUCAUAGAGCUUACGCGCAUGCAGCUCGUACUCAUGCCGAUGGAAUAAGCAUCGGACCAGGAUCUUUAGUGUUGCAGUUCGCGUCAUACGCAUUCGAUACAAGUAUGGAGGACCAUUUGACAAGUUUUAUUACGGGGGCUUGUCUCUGUGUUCCCACCGAAACGGAACGCGAGACGGGCUUAGUCGAGUUUAUCAAUCGAUCAGGGGCAAAUUGGCUUCAUAUCACACCUUCUAUGAUCGAUAUGAUCCCUCCAAAUUCGGCCCCAUCAUUGACGACGGUGGUUCUUGGAGGUGAGCCUAUGACUGACCGUAAUGUACGCGAGUGGGCAAUCUCAGGGAGGCAUUUGAUACAGGUCUAUGGACCUUCAGAGUGUUCUGUUACGAGUACAAUCAAUACCGACGUCUCUAUACAUCGCGAUGCCACCAAUAUAGGGAAGACCUUUAGCGGCUGCGCGACUUGGAUAACUGCCCCGAAUAACCCUAACACUCUCUACCCCAUCGGAGCCGUUGGGGAGCUGCUGAUGGAAGGCCCUAUCCUGGCUCAGGGUUAUUUGGGACAAACCUCUGGAACGGAGUCUGCUUUUAUUACCCGUGUUUCCUGGGCGCCAGAGAAGAGGCUUUAUCGUACUGGAGACAUGGUCCGAUACGAUGAGCAGGGCAGCCUCCACUUCGUUGGAAGGGCCGAUAGCAGAGUCAAGAUUCGUGGACAGAGGAUAGAGUGCGGUGAAAUUGAAAGCCAGCUGUUAAUGCAGAGUUCAGUAUUACACGCGGUCGUCGUCGUCCCCAAAUUAGGACCUGGAGCAGAGCAUUUGAUAGCUACCGUCUCAUUGAAACCGAGCUCGAAGUCACCUCUUGAUCAUACAAGCGACGAUAUACAACUAGCGAACUUGGAGCCUAGCAAAGUGGCUGAGACUGCGAAGACUCUCCACGAUUGGCUAGGGGAUCGAUUGCCAGCUUACAUGUUACCAGAUCUAUUCGUCUUUGUCCGUCAUAUACCAAUGAAUUCAUCUAGAAAAUUAGACCGAAGACGUGUUAAAUAUUACAUGGAACAUAUGAGCAAAGAGUUAUAUCGAAAUCUCGUCACUCAGAUUGAUGGACCAAAUCAAGACCGGCCGGGUACUGAAGUAGAAUGUUCGCUUAAGAGGGUCUGGUGCCAUGUGCUUAACGUGCCCGAAAGCUCCGUAAAUUGGAAUACUUCUUGGUUCUCUUCAGGGGGCGACUCAAUUUCGGCUAUGAUGCUGAGUAGCGAAUUGAGAAAACAGUCCAUCAGCAUCGCCGCAGCCGAUAUUCUUCGACUACGUACCAUUGAACGAAUAGCAGCUCGUAUUCAAGAUACAGCGUCCAAUGAUCUAGACGCGAAAUUCCGGGACAUUAAACUCACAAGCACCGUUAUUGGCGUGCCAUGGGAACUUUCGCCGAUUCAGCAGUUAAGUUUGCAAUUUGCACCGGACGCCGAUUGUUUGGACCAACAGACAAUGGUUGUGGAUACAAUGUUGGACCUUCCCGACAAUGCGAUCAUUGCGGCUUUGAAUGCCCUUGUGACAGCUCAUCCGAUGUUGUUGGCCAGGUUCACACGGGAGAUAACUGCCGGAGAACCCGUCUGGACACAACAUGUGGUGCCUCUUCCGUCCACCGAGUCGGCCUUUACCAUUCGGUUUCAUCAAGAUGGGACUACUGCGUUCAAAAUCGGCCGUAUUUCUGAGACUAAAUUUACCGUGGACGUUUUUAGGGGGCCAGUCAUGGGAGUAGAUGUCUUCCGAUCAACUUCAUCGACUACAAUUUCAAUCACCAUACACCAUCUAGUCGUAGAUAUGGUCUCAUGGAGGGCAAUUUUCCAAGAUCUCGAAGACUUCAUUGAAAAUGGAAACUCCAUCCAACCGGAGCCAAUCUCUUUUCAAUCAUGGUGUCAAGUACAACGUAUCUACUCACAAGGCAUUCGGAAAUCAUGCGUUCUCCCCGAAGACAAAUUCGAAAUAGAUCUAGGAUACUGGGCUAUGGAGAAGACCCCAAAUUUAUUCGGAGAUGCCACCGUAGCAAGUUUCAAGAUUGAACGACCAGAUAUGGCAAAUCUGUUAGACGCCUGCGACAAGUUGGAAUACGAUCAAGUGGACGUCGUGUGCGCAGCAAUCAUAACGUCCUUCUCCGAAUUGUUUCCAGGACGCACAUCGCCAGCUAUCUUCGUUGAAGGUCAUGGAAGGGAAUCUCCCAGUAACGCCAUUGACCUUUCCCGCACUGUAGGAUGGUUCACGACACUGACCCCCGUGGCAAUACGAGCCCUAGACGGUAGAGAGCCAAACGCCAGGGUGACAGCCCUGGAACGUAUCAAAAGGUUCAGAGAAAAUAUACCAUCGAAGGGCCUCGAUUAUUUUACGUCGCGUUUUUUCCAACCGGAAGGAGUCGACGCAUAUCGUGAAUAUCACGCGUCUGCUGAGAUUGUCCUGAAUUUUCUAGGCGCUUACCAGCAAUUCGAGCGCCACAAUUCUGUCUUUAGACGCUGUAAUGAUAUAGAACUUCUCUCAGGUCUUUCGGAAAUGCGCCGAGAACAGCGAAAGAAAUCAGAGAGGUAUGCUUUGAUUACAAUUGUUGCCGCUGUUGAAGAUGGCGCGCUGUCCAUUGAGGUCGAAUGGAACCGGAAGAUGGACUACCAGCAUGAGCUCGCCUUAUGGCCGUUUAAAAUCAAGGAAAACCUAUUACUAUUGAUCAAAGACUUAACGAAUCUGCCCACUUUGACCCGCGAGGGAAUUCCCGUAGCUCAACCUGAGCUCACAUGCUUCGGCGUUGACAAACAGAAAGCGCUCGCAAAGGUCACGAGCUUGGGUCUGCCUCUCGACGAAAUUGAAAGCAUGUACCCAUGUUCGCCUAUGCAGGAAGGUCUUAUCGCGAGUCUAUUAAGGGAUUCGGACACGUCUUCGGCAUAUAAUCAAACGUUUCUUCUAAAAUUCACCCCUGCCGAGGGGAGAACGGUGGAAAGUGCGCAACUUGCAGAGAUCUGGCUCCGAAUGGUCCGAAAACAUGCUAUUCUACGAACUAUUUUUGUCGAAAGUGACGCAGGAGACUACGUUCAGGUCGUUUUACGUCAUACUGAUCCGGUAGUGCUAGUCAAGGGGGAUGUUAAUAUGGACGAGCUCAGGGGUAGUCUGUUCGAGUCAGAGAAUCAAUCAUUGAAAUCGCCCCUUGACGGUGUUCCUUUACAUCGCCUCAUGGUUUGCGAAACUCACGAUAAGACGAUGUACAUUAUCCUUACGAAGAGUCAUCUUCUCACAGAUGGUACGAGUACGCAGAUUCUGAUGCGGGAUAUUGUGAAUGGGUUUGAUGGGAUUGUUGACACGUACUGGAACCCGCAGCAUUACUACCGUGACUACAUUCGAUACGUGAGCAGCCAAGACACCGAUCAAGCAAGAAGCUACUGGGCUGCUUAUCUCGAGGGGGCUGCGACUUGUAACUUCCCAAAGCUCUGCUACACAAAUGAUUCCCAGGCAACGGUCACAUCGCCACGUUCGAGUGUGUCACUGCAGAUGCAUGGUCUGGAAGCCGAUAUACGACAACUAUGUCGUUCCCACGAUCUUACAGUGUCGAAUAUAUUUCAACUAGCCUGGGUUUUGAUCCUAAGGGUCUAUAUAAAUUCAGAGAGUAUCCUCUUCGGAUGCCUGUCAUCAGGAAGAGAUCUCCCAAUAUCCGGCAUACAAGACGCUGUUGGGCCUGUUGCCAAUAUGCUUCCGAUUAGAAGCGAGAUAAGCCGAAAUAUGAAAGUCAUCGAAGUGGCCAAGUCAUUACAAGCCGACUAUAUUGAACACCUCUCCCGGCAGACACUCUCUCUUGCACAGAUACGACACGCGGCCCGAUACAAGAACCAGAGCCCCAAUUUCAAUACGAUCCUCAAUAUUCAGAAGCUAGAGACAUAUGCGCUUGGGUCGAAAAGUGGAAUGUCCAAAGUGGAGCUUGUGAAAGGGUUAGAUACCACUGAGUACGGGCUUGCUUUGACGGUCACCGAUAAUGAGGGCGAGUAUGGACUAUCUCUAGAGUACGACACAAGCCUAGUCUCCUCCCAACAAGCCGAAGGGGUCGUUUCAGCAUAUGCGAAUGUCCUGAAGAACGUCAUAGCCAACCCAGACCUUCUUGUUUCGGACGUUGAUCUAGUUGGCGAUCAAGACCGGAAACAAAUCCAGCGCUGGGAUAAGCUCGAGCUUCAGACCAGAGAAGAAUGCGUCCAUGACCUCUUCCGGGCAACAGCUCUCAGCAUUCCGGAGAGACAGGCCAUCCACGCAUGGGAUGGGCGCUUAACGUAUGGAGAAUUGGAGGGGUUGACCAACAAAAUAGCACGAAGGUUAAUUGACCUUUCUGUCCAACCUGAAGAGAUUGUCCCUCUGUGUUUUGAGAAAUCUAUAUGGGGCAUUGUCGCAAUGCUUAGCGUAACAAAAGCAGGAGCUACAUUCGUCCACCUUGAUCCCUCAAGCCCUGCUUCUCGAAAGCAGAAAAUCAUCGGACUUACCGCCCCGCGAGUGGCAAUCGCCUCUAUCCGCAAUCAGGGGGUGAUGAAAUUAUUGGUACCAACAACACUUACUAUUGGUAACGAAUCGUUCCCAUCCUAUGAUGAUAAGAUGGACGAAGUUGAAUAUAAAGUCCGAGAUCAACAUACAAAGCCUUCCAAUGCGCUCUACGUGAUAUUCACCUCCGGGAGCACAGGCGAACCGAAAGGCGUCGUUGUCGAACAUCGGAAUUAUUGCUCGGCCAUGGCAGCAAAUACAACCUGGUUGCAGAUCCUUCCAUCGUCUCGCAUCCUACAAUUUAGCAGUUUCGUCUUUGAUGCAUCUAUGGAGGAGAUAUUCACCGCUCUGGUCGCCGGUGCCUGCGUUUGUGUGCCAUCGGAUGACCAUCGGCUGAGCCCAGAAGAACUGUCUUCCUUCAUGCAAAGCGCUCGUGUCAAUUGGGCUGCCUUGACACCAUCACUCUUGCAAACUCUCAACCCGGACACAUUGAUUCCUCCUUUAAAGUUUAUCACGGUUCAUGCCGAGCCGAUGAAUGCAUCGCUAAUCAAGCUUUGGAGUCCAAAGGUGCACAUGCGUCCCAGCUAUGGGCCAACCGAAUGUACUGUAACGAGCACUGUCGGAUCGGCCUUUGAUGAAUUUUCUGACUCGUCAAAUAUUGGUUGGCCUGUCGGUUGUCAUGGACGAGUAACCGAUCCGCAUGAUCCUCAGCGACUAGUACCUAUAGGCGCGGUUGGCGAGCUGGUACUCGAAGGGCCCAUUCUCUGUCGUGGUUACUUGAAUAGACCGGCCGAGACGGAAAAGGCUUUCCCACACAUUCAGGAUUGGUUCGAUGGGAAACCAAAAAGAGUCUACCGCACCGGGGAUCUAGUGCGUUACGCUGAGGAUGGGUCCUUACGAAUUCUCGGGCGGCGAGACACGCAGAUCAAAGUUCGCGGACAACGAGUCGAACUCAGGGAAGUAGAAAGCCAGCUCGAGUUGUCUCCAAAUGUCCGCCAUGGCUUGGUUUUGCAACCCAAGUCUGGACUGCUACAAGAUCGCCUAGUUACCGUGCUAAGUCUCACACGAUCAUUCCAAAUAGCUCAGUCAACCGUCUCCCGUGAUGACACAAUCCAACUCGUAAACCAUCACCGGAAUUUGAGUGAAACUGAUCAAUCGACUCUAUCGGAACUGUUAAGCCAAACACUGUCCUUUGUUUCAACCAGGCUUCCAUCAUACAUGGUCCCUCAUACUUGGUGUGUGGUAAAAACCAUGCCAAUUUUGCCCUCGUGCAAGCUAGAUAGGAAACAGGUGAAUAGUUGGUUAGAAGCAAUCGACGAACCAACGCUACUUCUUGCUCGUCAACUUAUGAGAAGCUCGAGAAGCUCAGGUUCCGGGGUCAAAUCUGAUGCCGAAAAGUUGGUGAGAGAUGCUUGGUCUCAAGUCUUAGCAAUUCCCGCAGACCUCAUUGAUGUAGAUGAUCAUUUCAUUGCUCUUGGCGGAGACUCAAUAUCAGCCAUGAACGUCUCGCGCUUCUUGAAUCAAGCCGGGAUACCCGUCAAGACGCAGGAUGUAUUGAGAAGCAAUAGCAUUCGAGAACUGGCAUUAGUGCUUACAUCUCGCGAGCUACCAGACUCUGUUUCUACCAAGGCACAGUCGAAGGUCCUAGGUAGAGGCAUCACAACGCUUCCAUCCGUCGAAUAUAUAGUGUCCAAGUACGGGACCAACUUCAGUAAUCGCUCCAAGAUCUUAUCUGUUCUUCCUGGUACCCCUUUUCAGUUCAGAACGACUUCAGCUCUCUACAAGUCUUCCCAGAGGCCUUAUCUCUACAACUUAUUCGCGGAAAUCGGAGGUUACCAGUCAUUUGGGGAGAACCUUGCCGCUCCUACUCGUCGGCUUCUAGAAGCCUGGCGCGCAACAGUGGCACGACAUGACAUCCUCCGUACGGCAAUACAUCUUGAGAAAGGGGGUAACAAUGCAUAUCAAGUCGUCCUAGAUGAAUCAGCCGCAGCAUGUGAACUAUUUGAGGUCGCUACGGAGCAAGACGCUUUGAAUGCGAGUAUCGAGAAGACCAAACAGGUGAAAACGAGUCUUUCUGAGGUAUCUUUAACACCGCUACUAUGGCUCACUCUCUUCACCACCCAAAAAGGGCGAGUAUAUAUGCACUUGCUGAUGGGUCAUAUGCUGAUUGACCAUGUCUCACUCUCGCACGUGCUUUACGACUGGGAUAUGUCUUAUCGAGGUCACUCCUUGCCUGAGAACCUUCCCCAGUUUGCGACUUAUGUUCAUGACAUAGAAUCGCGCGAUUCCCGCGCUAGUACCGACUUCUGGAUACAAAAGCUACAUGGAGUAGAACCGACAAUUCUACCCUCUACAUGUGCGUUACUUCACGAUACCUCAAUCUCUGUUGAGGGUCCGUCUACGAUUAACUUCAAAAUCGACAUCGAUGGAAACAUGCAUCAAUAUUGCCGGGCGACGCGAGUAACGGUCUCUACAUUACUUCAAUUCGCUUGGGCAGUAUUGCUUGGUGUUUAUACAGGCCAAGAGUCUGUGUGCUUUGGGCAUCUUACUUCUGACCGAGACAUUGAUAUUAACGACGUUGACGAGAUAGUGGGCCCGAUGCUAUCCAUUUUAGUUACAUACGUGGUCCUAGGAAAUAGGGGUACCCCAGCAUCACCUCUCACUGAAACGAUUCAGAAAUUACAACACGAAAAUACCGUCGACAUGGCUCAUAAAGUCUUUGACCUCACAACUGUUGAGCACCAACUUGGUUUCCGACCGUCCACCUGCAUGCUCUUCAACACCCUUUUCAACUAUCGGAAAGUGAAACACUCAGGGCCAAAACCAGUCAUGAAUAUCCGACCGAUUCUCAAGCAAGACCCCCAUGAGCAACAAAUCAUUAUCAGCUUCAACGAAGUUGGGGACGCAGCCACUCUGGAUGCGGCUCUGACUUAUUACGAAUGUAUACACUCUACAGAAAGCGUUCAACAAAUGGCAAAUGUCUACACGAAAAUCAUCACGUGUUUGAUCAGCAGAGAAUAUCAGACUGUGGACCGGCUCUUGGGUCAUAUGUCAAAGGAGAAAGCUGCUUCUAUCGCCAUAUAA